AUGUUGUCACUGCGGAAACUUAUGAAUAAGCCGCGACCGGACGAUUGGUCUCCUCUCGCGAAGUUCUUCUAUGCAGACGAAGCACUGAAUUGCAUUGCUCUUGAACUCGAUUCAUUCGAUGGUCGUCGCGAUCCAGAGAGGUGUAACGCGCUUGUAAAUAAACUCCGAAUUUCUCAGGAUAGGGUUCUUCAUAUAAUAGGUGAGAUGCUUGCAAUUGUAUAUCCACGUGAAUCUGACCGUGCGUGUCGAGAUUUUCGAGUCAAAUUUCCGGAUGAGAUUAUCCAUGACAGCUUACCUGGGCAGCUAUGGUUUGGAGCCGAGUGUCUGGCGGCUGGAUCCAGCAUUAUUGACCAUGAAUCCGAAUCCGAUGCCAUUCGCCCACUUGCUAAGGAACUUACACGCCAUCUCGAUUCGCUUCGAGAUCUUCUUAAGGAUCAAUCACUGCGUGAUCCACUAAUCUACACGGAUGCUAUCAAAGAGAGCUUACUGAAGUUCGACCACUUGUUUGCAGCAUUUGAAUUUCAAUAUGUGUCAGCAAUGGUACCUGUGAAGUCAGUCAAAGAACAUGAAGCUCAGCUGGAUGUGGCUGUCCUUUUCUCUGAUGCUCUCGAACGUGCAUUAGCACAACGGCUUAUAGUCCAAGAACAGAUUGAUUCAUUCGAUCCUAUUAUUAUGAUAUGCAUACCACGACUUGCGAUCGUUUGGGGGCUUAUUUAUUAUCCAGAAGGAGCACUUAAUGUCGAUGGACCUCAAGAAAACAUUUCCGAAAUGUUUCGACCUUACUAUUCACUACUGAGCAAGAUUCGCAAUCUUCUACUUGCUCUUUCUCCGAGUGAAUUGCUUAAGGUGCUAAUCCUUUUUUUCAGUAUAUCACCUAGCGCAUAUGAACUACGCUCCAAGUUUCAAUCUUCGGACGACCUCAUCCACAGGUGUUUACCCAAGCAUCUUUUUUUUUGCCAAUUUGCCGAUCAGCUUCAAACGAAUUAUUCUAGUGAAGUGCGCAAAGUUUUAAAGUUGAUUCUUCAACCAAAUGAGUCAAUACCCGUAUACGAGGUCAGUGUCAAUGGUCAAACCGCAACAAAUGCAGAAAAUGAGGAGGAGACUGGAGUUGAGGUGCAGGAAACACUUCCUCUACCAGCGUUUGUUGGCGUUCGUUGGGUUCCUGACGAGGACUGCGAACAGUGUACUGCUUGUUCGGCUCCAUUCUCUGUUGUUCGAAGACGUCAUCAUUGUCGAAAUUGUGGGCGGAUAUUUUGUAACAAGUGCAGCAGAAACAGCAUAUGCAUUCCAGAACUGGGCUACGAUCGUAGGGUACGCGUCUGCAAUCUUUGCUUUCUACAUAAAAUGAACCCGUUUGGUAAUUGUAUUCCUGGAUCACAGUCGUCAUCAACCGAGGUUCAUGCGAAUCCGACUCCUCAAAGUUAG